AUGCUUACGUCACAAGCCUGGAGGCUACCCUUUGGGGGCGGGGGAACCACGUAAAACUAACCUACGAGUCAGGCCAUGUCCACACGUAGCAGGGUAUUUGGCAAAAAGAAGAUAUUUUUAUACGGUUUGGCCUAUCAUCCACACGCACAUUUAAACCAGGGUUCUUAAGAACGACGGGGAAAGUGAAGAAGUGCGAAUUCUGCGUUUGUGGCGCCAUCAUGUGGACACUGAUAACCGAAGAUGUAACUGAGGAAACGUCACUUACUGCGACAAACUUUGUCCUUACGUCACACAUGAAACCAAUGUUUACAUUUGGAGUAAAUUAAACGCGCCUUUUCGUGUCCGUUUUUUCCCAACAAACUUUUGGUGUGCUUAUAGAAGAAUUGGUAUUAUGGACCAUUGUUUUUAUUGUUAUGAAUGUACUUAAAAAUGAAUGAAAGCGGUUGGCUGUGGAAGGUUUUUUUUAUUUUUUUUAACAUAUGUGUGGACGCAAUUAUUUUCCCCGACGUAUUGGGGCAGAAGCCUCGUUUAAAAAAUAACAAUAAAAAUAAAACCUUGCUAGGUGUAGACAUGGCCUCUGUCAUCAAAAUAUCAAGUAAGGGCUUUGUGGAAAAAGUCUGAUAUCUCCUAUUUUCUUAAGCUAUUUUCAUGAGCUACUUUGCUGUUUGAUAUAUUUUAGUAUAAAACCAGAUUGAUUUUCUGUUUGUAUUAUAACAUUUAAUUUGUUUCUUUUGCAGAGAAUGUACAAAACGAAAUAUUUUUAUUGUGAAAUUUUUGGAGUUAAAUUUUGAAGGCCUACGACGAAUUGCUUCCCUUUCCUACUAUGACAUGUUCGCAAAGCGGCAUUGAAUUUACUGAAGAUAUUUUAAACGAGAGAGAGUGAAAUAAACCCUGGGUAAAAAUGGCCGAAAGCUCUGCGUUUUAUUCCCAAACCAAAGACAUUUUGGAGACUGCUAUAAAGUGUGCGGUGGAUUUAACAGCCGGUCAUGAGAAAGGUGGCCAUUCAGCGACGGUAGGUUUUGACAAAAUUUUGAUGCUGCUGGCACAGGAGGCAAGCAGAAAAAUCAACAGCAUCUUCCUGCAGCUGUUUGAUUCUGCAAAUAAGGAAACCCUAACUCUACGUGACAAAGUGAACAAGCUGGAAGUCCAGCUGAAGGUGACAAUGGAAGACUUGAACACCAACAGAGUAUGGAGGGAAAACUUGAUCAGCGGCUGCCCCGUACUAAACGAGGAGACUGGAUGGAUUUCGACUCUGCAGCCUUUAGGAAUAUUGGUUGAAUUGACUGAUAAGAUAGCCAAGGAAGACGUUGAGACCAUAAUAGCUGGCGGCGGACACAGUAAAGACAUCGCAAAGCCUGACAACACGACUGCAUCCUCAGACUCUCAAAACUCUUUGCAAGCCAAAGUCCAAAAGAAGGUUUUUGAAUGUGACGUAUGCAAGAAGAGCUUCAGCCGUCAGCUCUACCUCCAGAGACACUUGGACACACAUAAGGAGCCUCUGAGCUGCCACCAAUGUCCCAUGACCUUCCGCAAUAACGUUACGUUGGAGCGUCACCUGAGACGUCACGAGAAAAAGACCCUUCAGUCCUUCGCAUGUCUGCAUUGCAACAAGAUCUACAAGAGCAAAAGAGUGCUCAGGUCGCACGAGGCGAUUCACGACAACGGCACGCAGCCCUUAUCGAAUGAUGAGGUUUCAAGGAGAAAGGCUUGCACAUGUGACACAUGUGGCGCCAGCUUCACGCAACCGCAGAGCCUCAAGCGCCACAUCCGUCUCCACACAGGCGAGCGACCGUAUCCCUGCGACGUGUGCGGCAAGACCUUCAUUGUCCAGGACAAACUAAAGGCUCAUAUGCUCCUCCAUGGUGCAACCAAGUCAUUCAUGUGCGACUUGUGUGGUAAGACCUUCCUGUAUAACUGGCAGUUGAAGAAACACCAGCAGAUGCCACACCAGGAAGGCACAGAAGCAGGCACCGAGACUGGGAGGCGGAGGGCACAGGCGAAUCGCACAGUCAUCGUCAAACGUGACAGGAGCAUCGUGGAGGUGGCACCGUUUGCCUGCCAGACGUGCCAGCGCGGGUUUAACUCUGAGGCAGCGCUCCAAAAACACGAGCUGAUCCACACAGGCGGCGCCCCGUACACCUGCGACAUAUGCGGCAAGGGCUAUCUCUACAAGCCCACCUUCGACUACCACAUUCGCACGCAUUCGGGCGAGCGCCCGUACGCCUGCGACGUGUGCGGCAAGACCUUCAUCACCCGCCACACGCUCAAGUACCAUAGGCUCAUGCACACUGGCGAGAAGCCGCACGCCUGCAAGCAGUGCGGUAAGACCUUCCGGAUGUAUACCAACUACCGGCGACACGUCAGGAUCCACACGGGUGAGAAGCCGUACCAGUGUGAGGUGUGCGGUGUCCGAUUCCGCCAGCUCGGACACGUCAAGUUCCACAUGCAAGUACACACGGGCGAGCGACCUUACGCUUGCGCCACGUGUGGACUCGGCUUUUCUGACUCCAGACAAAUGAAGAGACAUUCUUGCGCCAGGAACGAACUGAUGACAAAUUUGCUAGCAUCUUGACUCAUGAGGACUGUUUGACGAUCUGACGCAAUAAAAUAAGGACAUUCGGCAGUCGCUGCCAUUGACGUCAUUAGACGUCAAAUUCAUUUUAACUGGUGUUGGUAAUGAAAGGCACUACCUGCCUCACCGGACACAGAUAAUAACAAAAACACCUACUUAUUGUAUUGGUUUCCAGAGAAGUAACUUGUAAAUGUUAUGUUAUUCAUUAUAUUUAUAUACAAUCUGGAUAUUUGUGUUAUACUCUAGAUUGCCCUCAGUUGGCUGAAGAACGGAGAUGAGAUGGAGCAACGCAACGUCUAUUAAAAUCAUGCAAAUUAAUGUGUCUUGAA